UAUUCCCAUCAAACAUCUCAUCAAAAUGGUUUCAUUCAAACGUGCAUUGGUUUUCUUCAUGGCCCUCAUCACCCUCGCUAUCACGGUGCAGGGUGCAAAAGGACCUCAUAUUACCAACAAAGUCUACUUUGAUAUCGAGCAAGACGGUAAAGAUCUCGGUCGCAUUGUCAUUGGCCUCUUUGGAAAGACUGUUCCAGAUACAACUAAGAACUUUCUCGAGCUCGCCACGGGCGUUCAUGGUUUCGGUUACGCCGGAUCCGCUUUCCACCGUGUUAUCAAGGAUUUCAUGAUUCAAGGUGGCGAUUUCACCAAUGGCGAUGGUUCCGGUGGCAAGUCGAUCUAUGGAGCCAAAUUCAAGGAUGAGAACUUCAAGCUUCGCCACACUGGUCCUGGUAUUUUGAGCAUGGCCAACGCUGGAAAGGACACCAACGGAUCCCAGUUCUUCAUCACAACCGUCAAGACUUCAUGGUUGGAUGGGCGCCAUGUUGUCUUUGGCAAAGUUCUCGAAGGCAUGGAGGUUGUCACUGCGAUCGAGAACACGCCUACUGGCGUUAACGAUCGCCCCAAGUCUCCUGUUAAAAUUAAAGCUUCCGGUGAAAUCCCUAUGGAGGAAGACAAGAUUGAGCACGCCGAGUUGUAAUUUUUGUUAGAUCUAAGUCAUUUGUAAUUAUUUAUAGAUGAAGGAGCUAUAUUUAAUAAUUGCAAUAGUCAUCACCAAAUACCAAUAUUGGCCCAAACGCA